GAGGGACCUGGGGACCAGUCCAAAAAGUUUCAGCGCGCCCGACCUAAACCCAGCCCCCCACACACACACCGGUGUCGGGCCGCGGCCAGGCACACCUGGACACUGCCCCUUGGGCUGAGAGCUGAGUCACGCGUCCCGCCCCGGCGUCAAAGCUCUCUGACUCCAGGGACAGAGCGGGCCAGGCCGGGCCGAAGCUCCAGGGGCCGCCCCAGUGCCGCGAAGAGCAAGUCAGUGCCGGAGCCCCAUGGUGGCCGCGACUGGGGUCCGGGGGCGCGCGGCCUCCUGGCUGCCGCGGGUGCUGCUGCUGCUGUGGGCGCUGCCCGCGGCGGGCGGGGCGCGCUGGAGCGGCGAGGGGACCAGCCCGCACCUGCAGAGCAUCUUCCUGGGCCGCUGCCACCAGUACCUCCAGCUGCUGAGCCCCGGGCAGCGGGACAAGAACUGCACGGCCAUCUGGGAAGCUUUCCGAGUGGUUUUGGACAAGGACCCCUGUAACGUGCUCCCCUCAGACUACAACCUGUUCGUGGAGCUGUCCAGGCACACCAUCCCCGCAGACAAGUCCCUGUUCUGGGAAAAUAACCACCUGCUGGUCAUGAGCUACUCGGAGAACGCGCGGCGCCUCAUGCCUCUGUGUGACGUCCUCUACGGCAGGGUGGGGGACUUACUGAGCUGGUGCCGACAGGCCAAUGGCACAGGACUUGAUUACCAGUCGUGCCCAACUGCAGAAGAUUGUGAAAACAACCCUGUGGAUUCUUACUGGAAAAGGGUGUCCAUGCAGUAUGCAGCGGAUAGUUCUGGGGUGAUCUACGUCAUGCUGAAUGGGUCGGAGUCAUCAGGGGCCUAUCCUGUCAAGGGGUUUUUUGCAGAUUAUGAAAUCCCCUACCUCAAGAAAGAAAAAAUCACACGAGUUGAGGUCUGGGUUAUGCAUGAAAUUGGGAAACCAAAAAUGGAGUCCUGCGGGGAGGGCAGCCUGAGGACCCUGCAGGAGCGGCUGGAGGGGCUGGGCUUUCAGUACAGCUGCACCGAUGAUCACGGGCCUGUGAAGCUCUUGAUGUGUGUGGACCACAGCUCCCAUCCUGACUGUUUAUUGAGUUCGGCAGCAGCGUCCGCUCAGACACGCGUCCUGCCUCUCUACUCGCAGCGUCCUGCCGGCCUGAGCCUCGCCCUGCUCCUGGCUCUGACCGUAGCAGCGCAAAUGUAACUGGAGUCUCAGGUGUGCUCCCGGGAGGCCGGCCCGGCCCGCCUUGCACAGCCUUGCACAGCCGUCCGUCUACCUCUGGACCAAGAGGCCCUUUGUCUGGCGCUGCUUCCUGCCGAGACACUGUGUCCCACUAAGGGCUUUCGUGAGGGGCCGCGCAGGGUCGCAGCAGUCGGGCCAUCAUCUCGUCCUGUCCUCACAGCUUCGUUUGGACGAAAGCCAGCUUUGCCUUCCAGUUUUUGGUAAUGGUAUC